AUGGCUGAUCCUCUCUCUAUCACUACGGGUAUCGUGGGACUCAUCGGCUUUGCCUUGCAGGGCUCCCUGGCUCUCGGCAAAGCGAUAGAUGGCCUCCGAACAAGCAAGAAGGAAAUCCGAGAGUUGAAAAAAGAACUUGAAGCCUUUUGUGUGGUCCUCCAGUCCGUGCAUGAAGUGGCCGCAGACUAUCACCAAGAGUUGAGAGUUUUGGAACUCCCGCUCCGACAAUGCGGCAAAGCCUGCCAAGAACUCGAGAAAAUAGUCACGAAAUGUGUGGAACGCUCUGGUACAACAUUUGGCGCUUAUACUUCCUUGAAAUUCAGAGGCGACAGCAUUGCCAAGUUCAAAGAUAUGCUAGCUGGCCACAAAGAUGCUAUCACAAUUGCUCUAAGCAGUGCUACUUUCCGCAAAAGUGCCGUGACUGCUGAUUGCGUCAAAGAAUGGGAAGAGAUGGUUUGCUGCGCAAAGUCGGAUCUUGAGGACCGUUUGAGAGAGCUCGACCGAAAACUGGAAUCUUUCUCCAAAAAUGCUUCCUCCGUCGAUAUGCGAGGUGAAACUGAGUGGCAACAACUUCAAGAGGAGAAGCAAAGCACAGAACAGUGUCUCAUGAUCUGCACCAAAUUUUACGAACACAUCGAGAAAGUCGGAUCCCAAGUGGAGACCUGUCCAGAGCCAGACAAAUCAAACGCAGGAGUGAGUGUGAACAUGCAGUAUAGGGCGAAGCAAGCCCUGUGUAAUCUGCUCCGGGAUUUUAAAUCUGACUUGGCAACAACCUCAAGUGAAUUCAACAACAUCAUCGAGAGACUUGAACACCAACAAACCGUGCUUCCAUCACGUCCAGCACAUAUAUCUGGCAAAAAUGCGGCUGCAAUGCAGCAAAUUCAAGAGGAAAGAAACAGCACUGCGCAGUGCCUUACCAUCUGUGCCGAUGCGACCAAACACUCGGAAGAAAUCCAAUCGAACAUUUUCGAAGACAUCACCUCAGGCCAUGACUCUCAGCAAUACGUCAUUUCAUCGAUUGGGCAACUGAUAACCGCGAAACGUAUAAACACUGGCUCCAGAUCACUACUUAUGCUCGGCCAGAUGUCUGAUGACACCAUCAGACAGUCAUCUCAUGACCACGUCCUUUCUAGUGAGAUUCUUGCUAAACAGAUGUCUAAGCACAUGGAGCCAACCGGUUUUGAUAAUUUCCAGAGACGGUACGGGGUAGGGCAUCAGCUCAAGGCUGAAGAGAUAGAGCUCACGCAGAAAUUUGGGCGGAUGAGUACGGACUAA